AUAAUCAGAGUCAUGCGGCAUGUUUAUUAGAAUAUAAGUAUUAACUGUUCAUCUAUGCCAGACAGCAAAUAAUUCAAAUUUACUUGUUAUCAGGAAAUUUGAUAAAAAUAAGAACAAAUACCAGAUGGCGGAAGGUGAUCCAUGGCGUGAUACGGCGGAGCAUGGAGGUAUCCCACGUAACAGCGGCCUUUACAGUCGUCACUCUAUAGCUCAGUGUGAAAAUGCCUCACUAGAGAUGUGCACUCUGAUGAACUGUCUCGGUUAUGGGCCUCACAUCAGACAGGCACGGAGAGACGCCCACAGGGAACGUGAUAGGCUGAUGAAUGCUCAAGAGCCUGGUACCAAAACGGUGAUCACUUCUGGUAGCAAGGCAGAGGGGCUGACACGCAUGUAUGAAAGUGACAUGGAUAUGAUGUAUGUUGUAGAAGGCAUCAUGUGUUUAGAAAAUGGUGUUGAUUCUGACAAAUUACCAAGGGAGACUACUGUGUUUACAUUAAACACCGGCGUGUGCUACCACGGACACUCAAGGCUUAAUUUACUCGGGCGACUAGGCGACAUUAUUCCAUCAAUAAUUCGUGAUGCUCUGUGUGAAGAUGAAAAUUGGCGUGUCUUCCUGAGCAGUGCUUUAUUGGUUGAUGCUCAAAGUGACAUAGCACCUACGGAAAACGAGAUUCGCCAUGAACGUGCAGGGCCAUCAAUGCCGAGUUCAUCAGGGCCAAUUCAUACAGACAAUGUCUUUUCUUUACGCUGCCAUUGUCCUGUCAUACUAUCGAGAUGGGCAGAGCGAACUCGCCAUUGGCCACCACCGGAUAUCGUUCGCAAAGUCGUAACUAUGGGAUCAUUUGUAACACCUGUUGGUUUUAAGGGUAGUGAAUAUCAACAUUUAGAAUGGAGGAUUUGUUUUAAUACUGGGGAGAAUGAACUUAUGAGCAGUCUUAAUAACACCCAGGUCUACAUUUAUGUUUUAUUGAAAAUGGUUGUUAAGGAUGUGUUAAAGCCAGUAAAGAAAGAAAUUACAUCAUACACAGUGAAAAACAUUGUUUUGUGGCUUGCGGAGAACAAUCCACAGGCACAGUUUAAUGAAAGCAAUUUGUUUUAUUGGAUUCGGGAAGGAUUGGAGAAAUUGAGAACGGCAAUAUUAAAGAUCGAACUGCCAUAUUAUAUGAUACCAGAAAGGAAUCUAAUGGCAGCAUGCGGACUGGAUGACGGAAAAAAAUGUACAUGGGAAAAUACUAUCACGGACAUGAUGAACGAAGGUUCAAAUACAUUACUAAGAUUGCCGAGGAUACGAAAGGCAAUAAUAUCGCAUCCAGAGCCACUAAUGUGGUAUAACAAGAAGAGAAUUGAGAUAGAACUGCUGCAGUUGAAGCUCUGGAACAGAAUAAUACAAUGCAAGAAUAAGAAUGGUGUGGUCAAUAUGUCGAAUCCUAUGCUGCAGGCGUUAUUUAGUCGUAGGUGUGAUUUAGUGAUAGAGGUCCAUACGAGGAUGAAUAGGAAAGGAAGUCGUUUAAAUGAUCUGAUAAAGAUAGGUGAUAUGAUGCUUAUGUAA